UUCCCACUGCCGGCCGCGUAGCCGAGUCUGGCCGCGCUCGCUCAGAGGUCAAUGAAUUGGCAGGGGCUGGGCGAGAGGGACGCCCCUGCGUGUUGGGAUCCCUGCCCCUCCAGCUGGCUUGGGCGAAUGAUGCGGCUGCCCAAAGCCGGGAGAACGGCGGCUUGAGAGCGGGACCCUUCGCGAGGAAUGACCAGGGGGUGUGCGAGCGCCGGAGGAGGGAAAAGCAAGAGCCAUCAUCUCUUAAGAGGCUGUCUUAAGUCUGACUUCAGUUUCAAAGGGAAAGGAAAGAAUCAAGAUAUAAUACAAUGGAAAUCCUGUAUGAAUGUGGAAGCCAUUAGCAGAGUAAUUGCUGUCUGUUACCAUGACAACCAGCCGCUGCAGUCACCUGCCCGAAGUCUUACCAGACUGCACCAGCCCAGCCACUCCUGUGGUAAAGACUGUGGAGGACUGUAGCAGCCUUGUGAAUGGACAGCCGCAGUAUGUCAUGCAAGUUUCGGCCAAGGACGGACAGCUGCUAUCAACUGUAGUACGGACUCUUGCCACGCAGAGUCCUUUCAAUGACCGACCAAUGUGCAGGAUUUGCCACGAAGGCAGCAGUCAAGAAGACCUGCUCUCUCCUUGUGAAUGUACUGGAACCUUGGGAACUAUUCAUCGUAGCUGCCUGGAACACUGGCUCUCAUCUUCAAAUACCAAUUACUGUGAACUUUGCCACUUCAAGUUUACAGUAGAGCGCAAACCAAGGCCAUUGGUCGAGUGGCUAAAAAAUCCUGGCCCCCAACAUGAGAAACGGACUUUGUUUGGGGACAUGGUGUGCUUCUUGUUUAUAACUCCAUUGGCUACUAUCUCCGGCUGGUUGUGUCUGCGGGGAGCAGUGGAUCAUCUGCACUUUAGUAGUAGGCUAGAAGCUGUUGGGCUCAUUGCACUCACUGUCGCACUCUUCACAAUUUACCUCUUUUGGACACUAGUAUCCUUUAGGUAUCACUGUAGAUUAUACAAUGAAUGGCGUCGGACCAAUCAAAGAGUUAUCCUCCUCAUCCCAAAGUCUGUCAGCAUCCCUUCUACCCAGCAAUCCUUGCUGGGCUUGCAUUCAGUCAAAAGGAACUCAAAAGAGACCAUUGUCUAAUUGUGAUAAUCUUUUCCAGAGGCCACGAACUCCAUCAUAGCUGGAAAGACACUUUUUGUAGAAGAAAAAAACAUGACUGUUGCAAUUUAAAUCAUGGAUGCUGCACUCAUAUGAUAUUUGCUAAGCUGCCAAACAUGUCUAAACUUUAGCAGAUACUGUAUGGAAUUUUCCAACACAUGUUGAUAGCUGCAUCACUAGGGAUGCAACUCUUUUCUAAUUGUGAUUAAAAAUGAUGAUGGCAAACACU